CAUAAUGACCGAAAAUCUGUUGCCUUGUUAAGAUUAGCCGCCGAUACUUCUGUCAGGAGCUAGGGUUUCUCUUUAUCGUCAACAUCCAUGGAGAAACCAGAGUUAGCAUCAUCAAAUCAUAGAAGUAAACGUAAAUCUCCCCCAUCACCAAAUCCAGCACCUUGGCUAGUAAUCCUAUAUGGAAAAGACUGAUGAUGAUGCUGGGAAUGGAAAUUCCAUGGUUUUUAUGCUCUUUGGUGGAGAAAAAGUUGGGAAGGAUAUACUUGUGUAUUGUAAUCCAGGUGACAAAGAAUGGAGAAAGUAUAUGAUCGGCGGCAUAUACGAGCUUCUGUCAGUGUGUUACUUUAAAGGUAAAUUAUAUAUAAUGUGCAAUGGGGAUGAUCAUUUAGAGAUAGAUAUAAAACCUGGGUCUCAGCCUAGAAUUCUCUGUGUGAAUAAAUUCGCUGUUAGUUUCGAUUUCAGACGUGCAGCAAUAGGGGCAAUCUGUGGUUCUCAACAUAUAACAUAUUAUGUGGAGUCUUGGGAUGGAAUUUUCAAGAUUGAUAAAGUUUUUAUUAGUAGAGGUGUUUAUGAAUAUUGUGUUACCAAUAUGGUGAUAUCAAAGUUGGAUUUUGAUUCAAUGGCUUGGGUGGCAGUGAAGAGUUUGGAUGAUCAUGUCUUUUUUCUGAACCAAACUACUAGACUGUCUUGCUCGGCCAAGGAAUUGGGUUUUACACGGGGCUAUGUGUAUUUUACGCAACCUGAUGAGAUGAGCUUCUACAAGUAUGACUUGGAAGAUAAAAGUAUUAUGCUUUCACUGCCAUGUCCAGAUCUACCGAAUCCAUGGUUCUCGCCCAACUGGCUCAUGAUUCCUACAACACUCAGGGUCGGUGCUAGAAGAAGAAUACCAGAAGAUAUGCUAUGUAACAAGGAUGAUGGAAGUCAUGUCUUGAGGGCAGCGGAAAACAGAAUAGAUUUAAAGAACGAUGAUAAGAAAUUGGAUUAUCAAGAUGCAAGACAUUGGGUUUUACAGAAUGAUCACAUGGUGCAGUUGAUAUCUGAUUAUCUAACUCCGUUAGAUUACAUACAUCUUCGUGCAGUUUGUAGAAACUACCGAUCAAUAAUUCCAUUGGUGAAUUGCAGUAGAUCCUGUUCUACUAAGUGUUUAGAUGCCACCAGUCUGUCCCCGUGGAUGGUUUUCUCCAAGGAUAAUGAAGCGGUCUACAGUUUCAUAAACCCAAUGCAUAAUAAUGAGAAUUACCUCAUGAGCAUCCCUGAACUGUUACAAGGUUCAACAAUUCGCUAUUCGAAAGGCAGUUGGUUACUGAUGUCAAAAGGUCUCAUUGGUGUGUUUUUCUACAAUCCCUUCACGAAAAACACCAUCAAACUUCCAGACUUACCAGAUGUUGAUACUGGUUAUUUGUUCCAAGGUAUCUGUUUCUCGUCCUUGCCGACAUCUUCAGAUUGCACUGUUUUUGCCAUUAGUAGUAACACAAUGGAUACAGUUUAUGUUAGUUAUAUUACACGAGGAGACGAAAUGUGGACAUAUUCUAUCGUUGAUAGUGUUAUUGCCAAUGGAAUGAAAUUCGAGCCGGCUCUUAGCAGUCCAAUUUUCUACAAUGGAGGUUUCUAUUGCUUGGAUAUGAAUGGCACUUUAGGAGUAUUUACAUUAGAGAAUGGCACAGAAUGGGAAGUUUUGUCAAUGAUACCUCGGCCUAACCUUGAUUUGAUAUAUACGAGUUACUUGGUGGAGUUCGAAGGACAACUUUUAUCUGUUCUUCUAGGGCAUUACGGAAAACGGGUUCGGCUAUUUAAAUUGGAUUUGGAUGAAAUGGUUUGGAUUGAAGUUGAACAUUUGGGACGGCAUAUGCUGUUUAUUAGCAGUACAUCUUGUAUCGCGGCAAUUGCUCCGACUAGUGAAAAUGGAGAACAAAAUCUACUUUCCUAGGUUGCAGAACGAAGGAAUUCUAUAUUAUUCUCUCGAUACCGGUAAAUAUCUUCUCUUGGGAGUGAACAUUACAGUAAAGAUUAUUGUAACUCGAGUGAGAACUUAAGGCGCAGCUGGAUAGAACCUAAUUGGUCUGAGAUUAUGCAGCCAAAUUUUGACUGGUCCUAGAAUUUAGAUAUACAUGGAUAGAUUAUUUUCUUACUUCUGAGAGACAGUUUCAGUUCUCUAUUGUGUUUGCCUUUUUUAUUGAUGAAAAAGAACCCUGCUUCAUAAGAUGGAGAGGGAUUUACUUUUA